CCGACGUCCACUUAAUUACUUACCUUUCCCCCCCUCUCAUCCUCCUCCCACUCCCUCCCUCCCAUUACGCGCUCCACGUCCAUCGACAAACAAGAACAAGGCCUCACUUCAAACCUCCCCUCGUCUACUCCCGUACCCGACCCCGAUCCAAAACCCACCGCCAGAACCAGGACCUACGCAAUACCGUGUGACAACCCUUGCCAGAUUACGGUGCCCACCCCGCCGACCCCUCACCCUUUCCACGCUUAUCAAGCACCGCCGUCCUACAGUACGUUCACAUCCCGCUACACAGUUCUGUGUGGUUUUUAUUUUUUUCUUCUCUCUUGCCGUUCCUCUUGGUCAUUGACUAAUCCAAGCCAGGAACUUCCUCAAAUCAAUUCCGCAAAAAGGACGCAACCGCACACCUAUCCACUACAUCCAACAACCUUUUCCGACCCCCUUCACAUUCCCCCCCCGUCUCCCACCGACAAUCUUCACACAUACCGCAAAGAACGAAAGAGAGAAAAAACACUUUCGCACUCCAAACAAAAAGAGUCACCCAUCUCCCCAAAAUGGCGCCCUCCUUCGUAACCCUCGACACAACCCCCGACUUCGACUUCACCCCCGCCACCACCACCACCACAUCCACAACCACAACCACCACCGCACCCACGAUGCAGCAACCCUCCUCAACCCGCACCCUCCUCCUCGCGCCCCCCUCCAUAGCAUCCCACCCCCACAAGCUCCAAUCCCUCCUCGCAACCCACGACCGCACCACAACAGACCUCCAAAUGCUCGACCGCCUCUCCGCCCGCCUCGUCGCCCUCCCCGCCGCAACCUACGACGCCGUCCUCGUCCUCACGGACGCAGACGGCUCCCGCGUCGAAUCCACCGCCCUCCUCGCAGCAGACCGCGGUGCCGUCCUCUCCGCCGUCGCGGAGUCCCUCAAGCCCGGCGCCCACGUCAGAGCCCAGGACGGCGGCAACCUCGCAAACGACCCCGCCGUCGCGCGCGAGGCCGUCCUCGCCGGUCUCGUUUCGUCUGCGGCGGGUGGUGGUGGCGGCUUCACGAAGCCGGAUUACGGUGACGAUCAGGUCGUUUCGCUGAGCUUUGGCAAGAAGAAGAAGCUCGGCGUCGUUAAUGGCGACGGUGCCGUGUCCCUGAACAACGGCGGUGCCGUCUCGCUCAACAACGGAGGCGCCGUCUCACUCAGCAGCAAGCCCUCCACCGCACCCCCCGUCUCCGCGCCCCCCGCGGGCGUAGGCUUCGUCGACUUCAGCGACGACCUCGACAUGGACGACGGCGACGACGACGACCUCAUUGAUGAGGACACCCUCCUCACGGACGCGGACCUCUCGCGCCCCAUCAACAUCCCCCCCGAAUGCGCCCCCAAAGCAGGAAAACGCCGCCGCGCCUGCAAAGACUGCACCUGCGGCCUAGCAGAGCGCCUCGCAGCCGAAGACGACGCCGCCCGCGCCUCCGCCGACAAGGCCCUCGCCGCCGCGUCCGCCUCCGCCGUCAAGCUCGGCGCAGACGACCUCGCCGAAGUCGACUUCACCGUCCAAGGAAAAGUCGGCUCCUGCGGAAACUGCGCCCUCGGCGACGCCUUCCGCUGCGACGGGUGCCCGUACAUCGGCCUCCCGCCCUUCAAGCCCGGCGAGGAGGUGCGGAUCCUCAAUAACGAUAUCCAAUUGUAAAAGGCACUACACCUUCUCUUACGAAAUUCUCUCACUUCAACUGUCAAUACUCUUUUUCCGGGGACAACAACAACAACACAAUAAAGACAAACGACUGGCGUUUACAAAGUCAUGGUUAUGGAAGGGAAAGCCUGGCACAUACAACACACACACACAUAUAUCCAUCUGCAAGAUGCAUUUCGUUUUUUACAGGAGGGGGUUGGGGGGAAACAUCAAAUCAUUGGGUGGCGGUUCGGUUCAUUGGGCGAACAGAGUCAAAUUGGUACUUUUUCAAAAAGGGCGCUUUCAUUCGAGAAAGAGGGCGUUUUAGGCGUAGGCGUAGGACAAAAAUGACAACUCUAGUCUGAUUAGACUUUGAGAAGAGAUACAAAUCAUUGGUAUAGGACAAAGAAAGGCACGAUUCGCAUGGGGAAACUGUAGAUGCAUCCUUCAAGUAUCAGGCCUUAGCCAAGACGAAAAAUAACCAAAUUUUCCCUAUGGAACAUAAAA